UUUUGAUUCCAAAAUAGACAAAGAAAUAUUUUACAAUAAUAACAAUAUUUCAUUAUGCUGACAGCUCAAUAGGCAAUAUGGAAUAAAAUACUACAACCAAAAUAUUCACAUAUUCAUACACCAUAAACACUUUCACAAAGGAACGAGUUGACUUACUUGUUUCACUGCAAACUGCAACUACAAUCAAUCUCUCAUUUCCGAACUAAUCUCAUCAAUCACUUUUCUUCUCGAUCCAGAUCAUGGCGGUGGCGGCAGCUGUUGGUCAAGCCUUUCUGUCUGGUUUCAUUGAAGUUGUCCUUGAUAGGCUUGCUUCUCCUGAGGUUGUUGACUUGAUCCGUGGAAAGAAAGUUGACGUCAACUUAGUUCAAAGGUUGGAGAGCACUUUGUGUGCUGUUGAAGUUGUGCUGAAUGAUGCUGAACAGAAACAGUUCAAAGACCCUGCUGUUAACAAAUGGCUUGAUGACCUCAAAGAUGCUGUUUAUGUUGCUGAUGACAUUUUGGAUCACAUAUCUACCAAAGCAGCUAUUUCCAACAACAACAAGGUCAGUACUGCUACUAACUACAUCUCUCGCUUUUACAAUUACAACUCUGAAGAGAGAGCUAUGGUUGGCAAGUUGGAAGAUAUUGUUGCUAAACUUGAAUACAUUCUCAAACUCAAAGAUUUUCUUGGUCUUCAACAUAUUGCAACUGACCACCACUCUUCUUGGAGAACUCCAUCCACCUCCCUGGUAGAUGUUGGAUCUAACAUAUUUGGCAGGGAUAAAGACAAAGAGGCCAUACUCAAAUUACUGUUAGACGAUCAUAAUGAUGAUGAUGCUAAGAUUUCUGUGAUCCCCAUAGUUGGUAUGGGUGGAGUGGGAAAAACCACUUUGGCCCAAUCUUUGUACAACCAUGACAGUAUAAAGAAAAACUUUGACGUUCAAGCAUGGGCUUGUGUUUCUGAUGAUUUUGAUGAAUUCAAGGUUACAAAGGAAAUCAUGGAGGCAGUUACUAGAAGUACUUGUAAUAUAAAUAACAAAGAGUUGCUUCAUCUUGAUUUGAAGGAAGAGCUGGCUGGAAAAAAGUUCUUAAUUGUUUUGGAUGAUGUCUGGACUGAAGAUUAUGAUGGUUGGAAUUCCCUUUUAAGGCCUCUUCAAUAUGGAACUAUGGGAAGUAAAAUUCUUGUAACAACCCGUAUUGAUAAAGUUGCAUCUAUGGUCCAAACUUUUCAAACUUGCCAUCUUGAGAAAUUGUCUGAUGAAGAUUGUUGGUCGGUGUUUGCAAACCGUGCUUUCCUUUCUUCAAAAGAAUCCACUGAGAACAUGGAUCUCCACAAAAUUGGAAAAAAGAUUGUUAGAAAAUGUAAGGGAUUGCCUUUAGCUGCACAAUCACUUGGGGGCUUGUUGCGACGUAAACGUGACAUCAAGGAUUGGAAUGAUAUACUAAAUAGCAACAUUUGGGAAAAUGAGAGUAAGAUCAUUCCGGCACUAAGAAUUAGUUAUCAUUAUCUCCCUCCCUAUUUGAAGCGUUGCUUUGUUUAUUUUUCGUUAUAUCCUAAGGAUUACAAAUUUCAAAAAAACGAUUUGAUCUUGUUAUGGAUGGCCGAAGAUCUUUUACGGUCUCCACAAAAUGGGAAGACUUUAGAAGAAGUUGGUUAUGGGUAUUUUGAUGACUUGGCUUCAAGAUCAUUUUUCCAAUGUUGCGGAAGUAGGAACCAGUACCCGCUUUUUGUGAUGCACGAUCUGGUGCAUGAUUUAGCCACAUUGCUCGGUGGAGGGUUCUAUUUAAGAAGAGAGGAACUUGGUAAUGAAACGAAGAUUGGUACCAUGGCUCGUCAUUUUUCAUUUAGUGAGUUUAGUGAUCCAGUCCAUGAAAACUACGAUGUUUUUGGCCGAGCAAAACAUCUUAGGACGUUUUUUGCAACCAGUUUUAGAAGUCCUCCAUUCAACAAUGAAAAGGCACCAUGCAUAAUUUUGUCAAAUUUGAAGUACCUGAGAGUUUUGUCAUUUCAAAGUUUUCAAAAUCUUGAUGCAUUGCCUGAUUCAAUUGGUGAACUAAUCCAUUUGCGUUAUUUGGAUCUCUCUCAGACAAUUAUAACGACAUUACCAGAGUCAUUGUGUAAACUUCAUAAUCUACAAACAUUGAAGCUGUACAAUUGUUUUAAACUAACCAGACUUCCCAAUGACAUGCAAAAUCUUGUAAAUUUGCGCCAUCUUGAUAUCUAUGAAUGUCGUAAGUUAGAAGAGAUGCCUAGAGAAAUGAGAAAAAUAAAAAAUUUGCAACAUUUGAGUUGCUUUCAUGUGGGCAAGCAUGGAGAGAAAGGGAUCAAGGAAUUGGGAACACUUUCAAAUCUUCAAGGAUCACUUUCCAUUACAAAAUUAGAGAAUGUUAUCAACAGCUCAGAAGCAUCUGAUGCGAAAAUAAUGGAGAAGAAGUACCUUGAGAAAUUAUGUUUGUCAUGGUCUAAAGAUGCAAAGGACUAUUUUACGAAUUCACAAAGAGAGAUGGAUAUACUUGGUAAGUUACAGCCUACCAAAAACCUGAAAAGGCUAGAGGUACAUGGAUACAGAGGCACAAGAUUUCCAGAAUGGGUUGGAAAUUCUUCCUACCACAAUUUGACUGAGUUAUAUUUGAUUGAUUGUCAAAAUUGUUGUAUCCUUCCUCCACUUGGACAAUUAAGCUCUCUCAAGAAAUUGACGAUGAAAAGAAUGAGUAUGCUAGAGACUAUUGGAUAUGAAUAUGGUGAUUCCUUUUCUGGGAUACUCUUUCCCUCCCUUGAAUAUUUGGAGUUUAAGGAUAUGCCAUGUUGGAUUAUGUGGCACCAUUCCCAUGAGUCAGAGGGUUAUUUUCCUGUCCUGAAGUUUCUUGAGAUUAUGGAUUGUCCCAGAUUAAAGGGAGAUUUGCCAUCUCAUCUUCCUAUGUUGGAAACAAUUGUAAUUCAACGAUGCAACCAGCUUGGCUCUUCUCUCCCGGAGACUAUUUCCAUCCGCAAGUUACACAUAUUUGAAAGCAAUAAAGUAGCCUUGCAUGAACUGCCCCUUUCAUUGGAAGAAUUAAGAAUUCAAGGAAGAGAGGUGACAGAGUCAGUCUUUGAAGCCAUUGCCACCACCCUACCGAGAUCUCUUCAAAUUUUAGAUAUCGAUGAUUGUUCAUCUGUGGUAUCAUUUCCGGGAGAUUGUUUACCGACAUCCUUGAAGGUUCUGUCCAUAACAAAUUGUAAAAAUCUAAAUUUUCCAAAGCAAAUCCACCCGCACGAGUCACUUCAGUCUUUGAGUAUAGAUAGUAGUUGCGAUUCUCUUUCAACCCUUCCACUAAACAACAUUCCGAACCUCUAUGAUCUCGAAAUCUUUAAUUGUAAAAACAUAGAACAUCUUUCAGCUACGAAGAUUCUUUCAAAUCUUGUUUGUAUUGAGAUUAGUAACUGCCCCAAGUUUGUAUCAUUCCCAAGAGAAGGAUUGUUUGCACCCAACUUGAAUCAAUUGUAUAUCUCCAAGUGCACUAAUUUAAAAUUAUUGCCUUGUCAGAUAAAUACUCUACUCCCAAAGUUACAAAAGAUGUAUAUAGUUACAUGCCCAGAAAUGGAGAUGUUUCCUGAAGGGGGUAUGCCGCCUAGCUUGAGAUUACUCCGUAUAGGGAAUUGUGAGAAAUUAUUGAGGAAUCCAUCUCUUCUAACUUUGUUUGAUAUGCUUACCGAGCUUUCCAUUGUGGGACCAUGUGAUGGUGUAGAGUCCUUCCCUAAUAAGGCUUUUGCAUUGCUGCCUCCCUCCCUUACUUCUCUAGAUAUAUGGAGUAUGUCCAGUUUGCACACGUUAGAGUGCACGGGGCUUCUCCACCUAACAUCCCUCCAAAAAUUAACAAUUACAAACUGUCUGAAGCUGGAGAAUAUGGAGGGAGAAAGGCUGCCUGCUUCUCUAAUACAACUUGCAAUCAUUAGAUGUUCUCUGUUGGAAGAACGGUGCCGCAUGAGACACCCACAAAUUUGGCCCAAAAUUUCGCACGUCAAAGGUAUUCAGGUUGACGGCAAAUGGAUCUAGCAAGCUUCACUUUUUGCUGGGGGGAUAUGUAGCUGAAGUGCUGAACACUCCAUGAAUGAAAAAUCAAAAUUGCUUAGAUCCGGAGAAAAUGUUGAGGUGAACAAAUAGAGAGUUGGACUGGUGCUAAUUAGAUGGAGGAAUGGAUUAUUGGUGCUAAUUGUUUAUCUUCUGACUGGUUAAACUAAACUGAAGAUAGACAAUAACCAAGGCCCAAGAUUUCCUGGAAAGAUUGAGGCGUCUACUAUCAUGCAAGGAGUUAACAUCUUCCAAUUUCCAACGCAUAUUUUUUAUGGUUUUGUACACAUCUGAACUGAAGCUUCGAUGGCCUUUGCUACUUUUAGGCAUCUAAAAUGUUUUAAUUUAAAUUCCUAUGCUACAUGAAACAAUGGAAUUAGUUUUCUUGAUCAUUUUUGGAUGAUUGCUUACUUUAGCUAAGCACCAAAUGUAAAUGUGUAUAGAGCUGGACAGACCGCUCCAAAUAGUUUGCGCUACAAGUCAACAGAUUCCUAUACCCUCUCCAAAUGCUGCUGCACAGUUAUGCAGCUGGAUUCAGUUUCUACCGUUACUGCUUUUGUUGGAGUUCUCAAAACAUAGCUAUUGCUAUCCUAUCUUUCUGUUUGUAAUUUUGGAUUCUUAACUUGUAAACAUGUUUUAGCUCUAUUGCCCUGUAACAGCUUUCUGUUUAUUAGCUUCAGCUCUCUCUUUCUGUAACAUCACUCGAAACUCGUGUAAAUCUAUAUAAUAAUGUAGAGAAAUUCAAUCAAUAGAAGGACAUUUUUCUCCUCAA